CGAAGCAUUGACGCCUCAUGCCGGGAAGGUCAACUCACUAGGGAUCCUGCUUUCGAGGUUGUAUCCACACUCUUCCAGAGCCUAGCCACAACUGAAGCGUCAACGCGGAACUCUUGUUUGAGAGCUCAUGACUACCUCAAUAGCCGCUGUCACGCCGGCUAUGCUCGACGACCCUGAGGACGAAGACCUCGACCAGAACUUGCGACAAGAUCCCGAAAACGUCGAACCCGAGCGGGCACCUAUCUCCGCAGUAGCAGAGCAAGGAGCAGCAUCCUCAACUUCGGUAACACCCUCAAAUACAGCGUCAGAUGUGCCCGCUGUUCCGCUCCGGAGCUAUGACGAAGUCAUUGCCGAAAACGAGUCCCUGCGGAAAUAUUUUCAAGAUCUUCAAGUCCGAGACAUCCUCUACGCGGCGAACGUGGAACUGAAGAGGGAGAUCCAGAGUCGAGACUUCCGACUCACUCACACCCAGCAGGAGGUCGAACACCUGAGAAAAGAACUCGAGGCCCUCCAGAAGCAAGACCCAAACUAUGCCCGUAUAGAAAAGGGGUACAGGGAAUUUGCCAGCCAAAACAAGAGGCUGGCGCUAGCGAAUGCGCAGAAAGACAUGAGACUUCUCGAUGCCACUGGCCGAGAGAGACAUGCGAUGCGGAAUCUACAACGGCAGGCUCUGGAGAUUGCGGAGGCCAAUGCACAAAUUGAGAAGCUGGAGCAUGAUCUCGAUUUCCAAGAGAAUCAUAGGGCGGAAGCGGAGCUGCAAUUAGAAGACACUAAAUCAAUGUUGGAGAGAUUGAUGGUUGAGAACGAGAUGCUUAGGGACAGAUGCCAGGAACAUGGAAUCUCGACGAGUUGGGAUGUAGAUGAGGAUGGGAAUGCUAUCGAAAUGGAAGACGAGGGCGAGAACUCGGACAAGGAAGAGCAGGCUACAUCCGGAGAACACGAGUCCGUCUCAUUCUCAACUCAUUCCUCCACUUCUUCCUCGGAAAAGGAGCACGAUCCCUCGCCUCCCUCAACUCCCCGCUGCUCUCCUCCCCUAUCUUCUCCCGCCUCUGCCACUCUCUCAAAACGUUCUCGUGUCCGCCUAGGUGAACCCGCUACCCAAGGCUACGACAGAAAUGCCAUCACUCCCUCAAAACGCGUUCGUUUCCAGCUAGACGACCCUACUACGCACACUCCCGACACAAACGCCAUGCACGCCGAACCCGAGCUCACACUCGACAAUGUCCCUUCCCAACUGACUCCCUCACGUUCUCGUCAGGAAGAAGCCGCGGUGCGCUCUUUGUUCGCUUUGACGGCUGGCUUCACUGUCCCGCAGAAGCGGAAAGCGAGUGUUAAGAGUUGCACUUUGCUUUAGCUCGCCCGGUUCACUCUUCUGUUGCCAAAGCUUCACGUCCGCCGAUGAGAACGAGGAGAGAGGGCCUGGAUGUCAUGUGCGACACUAAGAUGAUAGAAUGUGGUAAUAGGGGGUUGUUUGAAUUGGGCAAUAUAUGAUCAGUCUCGCUCAACCUUGUAGUCAAUGCGAUUCUCAACAGGCAACGUGAAUCUUAAUAGUCAACGUAAUUCUUAAUAGUCAAUAUGAUUCUUAAUAGUAACGCU